UCUGAUUCCAUGGACCAUGGUGCAGAAGAAGAAGAAGGCACUUCUUUAAUGUUUUAGGUUAUAAAUUUGAUUUUUAGGAUGACUUCUCAAAUAGAAACCUUAAAACUGGAAAUUAUAGAUCUAAAAUCACAAUUAUUACAAAAGGAAUUAUUAUUAAGCCAGUUACAAGAGAAAAAUGAAGGUUUCAACAAAUAUUCGGAAUCUUUAAGCACUGGAGAGGUGGUUCGAUACAGUAGGCAAAUUAUUAUGCCUUCUUUUACAGUGGAUGGACAAAAAUCACUAAAGAACAGCAAACUAUUAAUUGUUGGUGUUGGAGGUUUGGGUUGUCCUGCUGCUUUGUAUUUAGCGGCUGCUGGCAUAGGACAUAUUACCUUGUUGGACUAUGAUGAAGUCGAAUUAUCAAAUUUACAUAGACAAAUCUUACACAAUGAGUUUGAUGUGAGGAGUAAUAAAGUUGAUUCAGCAUUUAAAAAACUUAAAAGAAUAAACCGACAUAUAACUGUGGAACCAAUAAAUAUUCAUGUGAAUAGUUCAUCAAUAACUGAAAUUAUAAGCAAAACUAAAUACAAUGUUGUGAUCGAUGGUAGUGAUAAUGUGGCAACAAGGUAUCUUCUUAACGAUGUUUGCGUCUUAAAUAAAAUACCUUUAGUUUCUGGAAGUGCCUUACAAAUGGAGGGUCAAUUAACAGUCUAUAAUUAUAAUGGAGGGCCGUGUUAUAGAUGUCUAUUUCCUGUCCCACCACCUGCUUAUACUGUCACUAACUGUGGUGAUGGUGGAGUACUUGGUCCAAUUCCUGGUACAAUUGGAGUUUUACAGGCCUUGGAAGCCAUAAAAAUAUUGACUAAAACUCCUGGAGUACUCUGUGGCAGACUUUUACUAUUUGAUGGGUCGAAUACAACAUUUCGUAAUAUAAAAUUAAGACCGAGAAAUAAAUCGUGCGCUGUAUGCGGGGAUUCCCCCACCGUUACAUCUCUUAUUGAUUACGAACAAUUUUGCGGCGCAAGCGCACAUGACAAUGUAAUAAAUAUAGAUAUUUUAAAAACCAAUCAAAACACAGACAUUAAAAGUAUUGUAAAUGCAAAAAAUAAUAUUAUAAUUGACGUAAGGCCUAAGAUUGAGUAUCAAAUGUGUAGAUUGCCCAAUACUACAAACAUUCCAUUAAAUGACUUAAAAAAAGAAAAACAUUUGGAUAAAGUUAAGGAUAUACUUGAAACUUCAAAAGAAACUGACGUUUUUGUACUCUGCAGAAGAGGAAAUGAUUCCCAGAGAGCCAUAGUUUUAUUUAAAGAAAAAUUUUCUUCUUUACCUAUAAAUUUUAUUAAUGUUAGUGGAGGUUUGCAUUCAUAUUCCAAACAUGUUGAUCCAUCUUUUCCAGCAUACUAAUUUUUUAAAGUCAUGUAAGUUCCCAAUUUAUAAAAUUUACUUUCUGUUCCUUUAUACACCUAUGUAUGUAAUACUAUGUUUAUGAAAAUGGUCCAUUUAAAAUAUUUGAUUAUAUUUUUUUAAUAAAAACAUUAAUGAA